AUGUUUGGUCAAGUGGCAAGAGGUGAUAGCGACAUUUUAUUUCAAAGGAGACCAGGGCGCUAUUUGGGAAAUUACAUGAUACGAUCGUUGAAAACAGAAGACGAGUUCGACUGCAGUAAUAACUGUUUCAAUGAACCAGGAUGUGUUUCAGUAAAUCUUAAAGUGAAAGGAAGGAAUAAAGGUUUAUGUGAACUCAAUUCCAAAACGCUUGAACUGUUUCCAGAAGAAGGACAAAGCGAUGCAAAAACGUUUACUUUCAAGUUGACUGCGUGUAAGAAACUAAUAUAUAAAAUUAUUUAUUAUGCAUUAUUGAAGUUUAAUAUGUUAAAAGAAAUCCUUCGGACAAAACUACUGAGUUUGGAACAAAACAUGUUGAGCACAAUGCACUACCUCUAUGCCCUGGGCAUACUUCAUGAUGUUCACCAGUGACCAGUGGGCACCCAGUGUGGCCUCGAAUGGUCUAUAGAGUUCUAUAACAUAGAUUUUUGUACCUAUAUAUAUAUAUAUAUAUAUAUAUAUAUAUAUAUAUAUAUAUAUAUAUAUAUAUAUAUAUAUAUAUAUAUAUAUAUAUAUAUAUAUAUAUAUAUAUAUAUAUAUAUAUAUAGAUAUAUUUAUAUAUAUAUAGAUAUAUUUAUAUAUAUAUAUAUGUAUAUAUAUAACAAAUAUAAAACAUUUUCCGUGUUGAUAUACAGUUAUACAUUUUCCGUGUUGAUAUACGUUGUGUUUCCACAUAAUUUCUCGUUUUCCCAAUUUCCACGAGUGUUGAUAUAACUUUAAUAUCAAUAUACAGAAAAAAUGUUUUAUAUUUGUUUUAUAAUAUAUAGCACAAAGAAACAUAAAGAAAGAAAUUUUCGGACGUUUCCGUGUUGACAUUAUAUCAACACGGCUCUUAGCCAAUCAGCGUUCAGAAUUUACAAACGCUAUAUUAUAAAUAUAUUUUAAACCCUAAUGCCAAGCGGGCAAGCAUGGAAUUAUUGAUUUGAAGCAUUUUCCUCUAUGACCACUUUAACAUCAAACUCACAGUAACAGGGCAGCAAAGAGGACAAAUUACCCUUAAGGCCUGGCUGCAACUUACAGGAUCCCCCCAAAGUUUAGCAUGCCUCUGCAUAAGAUGGGCUAUAUUGUCUGUUAAUUUUGGUGAUACUACAUGUAACACUGUUUUUGCAAGAUGAAAAUUGUGAUCAAUUUGCAUGUGCCUAAUUGCAAAGUCACUCUACUUCCAAGAUCAGUGAUUGUUAAAACAGUGGCAAAUUUCAAAACACAAAGUAAAUAAUAAAGUAGGGCAUAUCAGAGCACAUUGCCACUUAAACUAAAAGGGCUAAUAUUGCAGGCUUACAUUCAGUUGUUGAUCCUGAUACGUCUUCGUCCACUACAAAAAUUUGGGGUUCUCCAGUUGUGUGCAUGCUGGAUUCACCAGUUAUUGUCAUGCUGGAUUCACCAGUUGUUGUCAUGCUGGAUUCACCAGUUGUUGUCAUGAUGGAUUCACCAGUUGUUGUCAUGAUGGAUUCACCAGAUGUUGUCAUGAUGGAUUCACCAGAUGUUGUCAUGCUGAUUUCACCAUUAUCAAGUGUCAUGCUGGAUUCUCUAAUUGCUGUCACACUGGGGUCUCUUUUUGUUUCGAAAGUUGAUAAUUUUAAUAGUGGGAUUCAGAAUAAAGUUCUAGUAAAUUACUCAGGUUAA